AUGUUUGAAUGGCGGAUUGUAGCGAUCGCGAUUACGAUUGUAGAGUUACAAGCGAAAGAACGAGCGGCAGUCGAUAAACUGGCUUGGUGUGAUACGAGUAUGGGUUUUUUUCGUUUUUUUAAAUUUAGGUAUGAAAUUUAAUUUAUGCUUAUAACUCUAAGCGUUUGUAUACAAGCUUUGACGUAAUGUCUCUGUUUUAGUUGAAUGUCAGCUUCUGUUUCUCUCAAGUGACGUUGAUUACCUUCGUGGUAAUUCUAAGAAUCAGUGUAAGUUUAUAUUCACUACAAAAAUUUUUUUUUUGUGUUUUUUCAAUGUAAAUUAGCUUAAAUUUACCUGAGUAUGAUGUUGAUGUAAUGUUAUUUUAGUUUCAUAUGUCCCUAGUGAAGACCUACUAGAUGCUUGGGGGCCUGAUGUUGGAAUCUUGGUUAAGGAACAUUACACUGAUUUUGAGAGUAAUGGCAUGUAUCCAGGAGCGUUUACAACUCUCAAAGAGCCACUCCAGUUCACUUAUACUUACAUUCCAGAACUCGGUCGCUUUCAGGACAUAAUCUUGCGUACUGAGGGAAAGUAUGUUUAUUUUAACUUUGUCUUACUGUCUUUAAUUAUGUCUUGCAUUCCUCAAUAUAUACUAUUUUAAAAUUUAAAUUCUUCUUAAGGGCUAAACUGGAUGAUAAAAAAACACCAGCAAAUCUUAUGAAUUAUUCUAAAACAGCCGGACCUUACUCUAUAUUCUCGUUCGGCAAGACUGAAGGCUGUCUGGAUUCGUAUGGCUAUUACACUGUAAGAAUUAUGUUAGCUUUUUUUAUGUUAUUAGGUUGUUCAAAUAAGUCUGUGCCCAUCUCAAAGCAAAUUUUUGGGAUUAGAGGCACUGAAUUAUUAGAACAGUCUAUUAGCUUUCUUAUGCAUGCAUGGUUAUUAUGCGAGCGAUAGCAGGCAACAUGCGACGAGAUGGGAUAAGCAGCGAUGAUCUUAUGAGAUGCAUUAUACCUUAUACGUCAUUCGUGAUAAUAAGAUUGUUUCAGAACAGGGCAUACAACUCUUACACCUGUAUGUAUCUUAUGAACGUUCGUGGCAGAGAUGGCGAGAUAUACGCAGGGCCUUUGUCGUGGAAUCGGAUCCAAUUUUUGCCGAAUGAUUACUACCUUCGGUUUCUUUUGACCAAUCGGAGGUAAACAUAGGUUGUUUGCUGUGGACUCGAUUUUUUUUUAUAUCUAAUAGUUAAUAUUUUGAUUAUAAAGGAUUUUGUGUAAUGUAAAAAUGUUAUCUUUUAGAUACUAGAAGGACAACUGUGUAUCAUACCUAAAAUAAUGUUGUUUCAGCUUUGCGGUGUCAGGUUUAAACUUGUCAGACGACCAACUUCCUUCUAUGAAGGACUUUACUACUUGUAUCCAUGCUCCAGAAGCCAACAAUCAGAAGAGCGUGUGCUACACAUUGUUUGGCAUCUACAUGUACAGCACCGUGUGUUGUUGUUAUGAUGGUAAUUGUGAUAAGGUGGAGCUGCCAGCCGACACUCAACGCAACUAUUUGACCUGCCCAGUAGGAGAAUAUACAUCAGCGUACAAUGCUCCAAGGAUACUUGAAACAACAUACGACGAGAUGGGGCAAACAGCGAUUGGUACACAUUGCGAACUGAUGCACCAAGUUGGCAUCGAAAUGCAUGGGUAGGGGGCUUGGAUUGGGUUGUUGGUGUUUGGGUUUGAAAUAAGUUUUGUUGAGGUACAUUGUUAUAGAUGGUUGUUAAUUAAACUUGUGGUUUGAGUACAAAAAUGGCUUUAAUUUUGCUAUGUUGUAGUUUUAAAACUGAAGCUAUUUAAGGAUCCUGUUGUCUAAUUUUUAUCUUGUCUCCAAAUUUUAGCGAUGUAAAGACGGCGACACUGGUCUCGAGGAUGGGCGGUCGAAACCUGACGGACGAGGAAAAGUUUCGUCUGAAACAGGCCAUGGCUGACGACGGUGUAGCCUGCUACAUCAAUCAAACCAUAUGUCCCGGGGCAGUUCCGAGUGACUACCAGAAGGAUGGGAUCACAACGUUCUGUGUCUGCAAUACCACGAUGAACUGUUUCAGACAUACGAACGAACAUUUCAAGUUUAUCAACCAGUUCUUUGGUCGAAUUCUUCUCAAAGAUGUAGGUUUUGGUGAUCAGAAGAUGAGGAUGAGGUUGUUAAUUAUUUUGAUUUUUCAACUCUAUUACCUAAAAUGGUUUAGGCCGAGCAAAUGUGCAAAAAGUUCACCUUCCUCAACGAUUCCUUCUACACGGAUCGCUGCCAGAGCUUGUACGAUCCUCGGAAGGAAGAGUCGGUCAACCUGUAUCAGGACAACAACUUCCACGAGGUGUACAUCAUCUUGAAGGACGAGCUCACUAAGAAAGACAUUGGUUUGCCUGGGGAAGGCGAAUUUAAUUUGUAUCUCCUGAAUGGCUUUAUAUUGGAUCGAGUUAUUGAUAGUUGUACGCCGGAAGAAGCGGUUUACACGGAACAGGAGACGGGCGUGAGGAACAGCUUGUUGUUUAUCCAGUUUACAUGUGGGUUUUUGCAAUUUUUUGAGAAUUAGAAUGAAAAUAAGGAAAAAUUAUGAUAUUUCUUACCUAGAAAAGGAACCACUUCUCAACUGUGGUAUCUUUUCCUUUUGCAAACAAAACUUGUCAAUAGGUGUGUUCGCAGCUCGAAAAACCAAAAGUUGCAGGCCGCGGAGCAACGUUAUACGAUGAAUUGUGUACUGUUGGAUAGGUCGUUAAAUACUCAUGCAUGAUUCUCAUGUUACUUCCAUAUUAUACAUUCUUAUCUUGUUUUAGGCAAAUGGCCGAUGUGUGACGAAUACUUUGAUGAACACGGCAAAGAAAUUAUGGAAGCGUUGAAAGGCUACAAACCCCUUUGUGCAGAAUAUGAGUUCACAUCACACUCUCGAGAGAACUUUUACGCGCGGCACGGCACCAUUGACUAUGAUUUUGCAUAUCUCAAGGCACAUAUUGAGCUGUUGGAGAAUAGUACGUUUAGUUUAGGGUUUUGGAGUUUUAGGACUUAAAAAUAGGUUUAAGUUGAGAUUUUUAGUUGGUAAUAGGUAAAUUAUUCAUGAUAAGGUUUAUUGUUUUGGAAAUUGGACUUUGAAAGUUGUUGUACAUAUUAAAAAUGUGUGUGUUUUUAUACGAAUUUAUUGUUUAUGAAUUGAGUACUGUAAUUGCAGCUGAAACAGGCUACUGUAUGUUCAAGUACGUUGCCCCGGAGACGGAGGACAGCGACGACUAUGGCUACAUUGUCAGGAGAGUGAGUAACAUGUUUUUUAAAAUUUUUAGAUAGUUUUUGUUGUUUUUUAAAUUUAGUCAUAUCUUUGACAGAUAUUGUUUGGUAGAUAUUGCUUUAGCUAAAACUUUAGGUAAUAGUUUUUGUCUUUAAAUUAAAAUUACGAUUCUAACUGAUAUUGUUGUUUAGGCUCAUGCAUAUGACAUGAAGAUGAUGAAAUGUCCUUCAGUUGGAGCUGAAAAUCCUGAAAUGUGUACUUCCAACCCUGAGACAAAUUACGUCUGUUGUCUACCGUUCAUUGAGAAGUUAAUGCCGAGGGACAGCUACGUAACUUGGUUGUUUAAGGCUUUUAAUGAGUCUGUUACUGGGUUGUGUGAGUGUUUUAAAUUGAUUACUGUACUUAUAAUAAUGUAGAUCGAGAGGCUUACUGUAGGGAUAUUGGUUUUGUAUAUGAAAGCUAUAUAUUGUAGUAGGCAGUGUUGAGCUGGUUAUUUUAGUUUUGAACAGGGAUUGCUUUUGCUUAAAAGACUUGUGGACAACAUUUUUUUUUGUUUUUUCUGUUGUUCGGCCUUGGGUAUAGAUAUAAACAUGUCAAUUGGGAUUGUUGUUGUAAAGAAUUACAAUUUUAGCUAUUGCAUCGACGGCGGACGCAGUUAGUAAAGAGGUUGACAGUCCUGGCAAGUGCGCUGUAUACAGUCAAGGAGAUGACACGACUGGUGGUAUGAUGGACUUGUGUGGAGCCGAGGUGGGAUGCUACACAGAGUUUUUGAAUACGGCCAAGAAGGUAUGGUAAAGAUUGUCUUAUGUACCGUUUUGUGGAGGGAAACUUGUUUAUUAUUAAAUAUAUUGAUAUAGAUUAACUAGCAACACUAGUGUGAUAGCAAAAAGAAACGUAAAUAACAUGAUAACUAUAUGUGUAAUGAUAUCAUUAAGUCCUGCAUAACGUAGUAAUAUAUUUGUUGAGUUAUGGUUAAUACCAAGUUUAAUAUAACUUAUAAAUCAUGAUUUUGGCUCCAUUUUUAGAGCGGCAAAACUGGUGGAUGUGUAACAGCAGCAUUGGACUACACCCGAGCCAACCCGGUCCAACCUUUUCAUGCUGCUUCUCUUUGUCGCCUCACGAACGUCACCGCCUACAGUGUGUAUCCGUACAAGAAUGUGUGUGCAUUCGUCGACAAUAACAAGCCCACUCUGGACGAUGGCUACAAAAUGAUUUGGCCCGAUGACAUUAGCGACACUGACCGUCUCCGUUCCUCCAAGAUUGUAUGUUGUUGUAUGGAGCCGUCCGGAUGCAAAUACGACUUUGACCCACUGUAUUACGGUGCUUUUUUGGACGAGUACCAGGUCGAGAUUCAAGAGUGGAUCGACAAUUACAAGUAUUUACUAAAACUAAAGGUCUAA